AUGUCUUUUGAGAUUAAAGUUCCAGCAUCAUCUGCAAAUAUAGGACCAGGGUUUGAUGUGUUGGGUAUAAGUUUAAAUUUGUAUUUGACUAUAAGGGUAGAAGUUACAUCAAAGGAUACUUCAUCAUAUAAUAAAAAUAUUAAAAUCAAUUACCAGGGCAAUUUAGCUGAAAAAGUUCCAUUAGAUGCUAAUAAAAAUUUAAUAACACAAACUGCUUUAUAUAUAUUAAGAUGUAAUAAUAUUCAUGAAUUUCCAAAAGGAACUGAAAUCUUUGUAAAUAAUCCAAUUCCAUUGGGUAGAGGUUUAGGUUCAAGUGCAUCUGCUAUAGUUGGUGGUAUCAUAUUAGGUAACGAAAUUGGAAAACUCAACUUGUCUAAAAAUAGAUUAUUAGAUUAUUGUUUAAUGAUUGAAAGACAUCCUGAUAAUAUAGCUCCAACAAUGUUGGGUGGUUUUAUUGGGUCAUAUUUAAAUGAUGGAGUAAAUAAUGAUAUACCAUUAGAUUAUAUACUUCCAACUGAUUCAACACCAAAGGAUAAAAUUGUAACAAACCAACCACAAGAAAAUAUUGGUGAAUAUUUACCAUAUAAUUGGAAUAAGAAAAUUAAAUGUAUAACAAUUAUUCCAAAUUUUGAAGUUUCGACAGAUUUAUCAAGAAGUGUUUUACCAGAUUCAUAUUCAAGAUUAGAUGUUGUUUAUAAUUUACAAAGAAUAUCAACAUUAAUAACGUCACUAACUUUAGAUCCCCCAAAAAAUAAACUAAUUUAUCAAUCAAUGAAAGAUAAAAUUCAUCAACCUUAUAGAUUUAAAUUAAUUCCUGGUUUAAAUAAAGUUUUGGAAAAUAUAACAACUGAUAAAUUUGAUCAUUUAUGUGGUAUUUGUUUAAGUGGUGCUGGUCCAACUGUUUUAGUAUUGGCUACUGGUGAUUAUGAAUUAAUUGCAAAUGAAGUUAUUAAAAUAUUUAACGACGAGAAGAUAGAUUGUGAUUGGAAAGUAUUAGACUUAGCUUAUGAUGGAGCAACUGUAAAUAGAUUAUAG